GAAAGCCACUACUUAUCAAUUAUUAUAUUUCGUUGUUUGAAACGAAAUAGAGUUCAUAAUAUGAAUUAUGAUUCACGAAUCACGACUAUCAAGGAAUAUUCGUGUGCAUGAAAAUAUUUUAACAAAAUUUCUCAUAGGCCAAUAGUCUGCGGUUAAAAGAUAUUUUUCAAUUUGACUUACAGAUAAGUUAUUAAGGUAAACAAUGGCAAAUUCAAAUCCUACUAUUUAUCCAUCUACAAACAAUCGAGAGAGUUCAGAACAAAAACAUUGCUGGGUUUGUUUUGGAACUGACGAUGAUGAAUUCGAAGGCAGCAGAGAUUGGGUAUCGCCAUGCAAAUGUCGGGGAUCUACUCGUUGGGUACAUCAAGAUUGCGUUCAACGCUGGGUGGAUGAAAAACUAAAAGAAAACUCUACUAUUGAAGUACAUUGCCCACAGUGUAACACAGAAUAUAUUAUUAUUUACAAUGAAGUCAAUUAUAUUGUCAAGUUAUUGAAUAAGCUUGAUAAAUUUUCCAAUCAGUUAUGUCCAUUUCUAACGGCUGGCGUUGUUAUUAGUACACUUUAUUGGUCUGCAGCGUCAUACGGAGCAAUUACUAUUAUGCAGGUAAUGGGUGAAGAAGAAGCAAUAACCAUUAUGGAAAAUACUGAUCCAUAUUUACUACUACUGAUGUUGCCUGCCAUACCGCUUACACUGAUAAUGAGUAAAACUGUUAACUGGGAAGAAACUCUACUAUUAGCAAUUCAACGCUUUACUUUUAAUCUUCCUUUAUUAAGGAAUAUUAUGCCUUCAUUUUUAUGUGAACCAGUGAACAUGGUAUCUACAACUCACUCGGUACAGUUCAACCCUGUUAUCAACCCGACAACUACUCUUUGUGCAGCUUUAUUGUUGCCGACAACAGCAACCAUAGUUGGAAAUUUAUUGUUCCACAAUAGUUCUUAUUCAAAUAUUCAAAAAACCUUGUUGGGUGGAUUGUUGUAUAUUGCUGUUAAAGGUGCUUUAAGUAUAUACCAAAGACAACACAAUGCAAUAAAAGAUAGAACUCGUAAAGUUAUUGAUUAUCCAGAUUCGGAGAGUGAUGAUGAACAUUAACAAUUCUUAUCCUAUCGACAUUGAGUUGUUACAUCACCACUAGAAAUUGUACAUACAAAUACGUAUUGUGAAAAAUAAAAACUAUAUUUUUUACACCAUUUCAGAUUAAAACAAAUUUAUUGUCUUAAUAAAAUGUUUAGUUAACAAGUAAUAA